UGCACAAGAUGAAGAACAACGAUAGCCUCAUCAUCAAGGUGCAGAGGACGGUGGAGCUCACAAAGGGCCUCUUCGAAAGGCUGGCUAGCAUUCCACUGUUCCUGGUACUGGAGACCCAGGUGGCGCAGAUGACGGACAUGACGACCAAGCGGUACCCCAACCCGUACCAGCCAUUUGCCGGGUCGCACAACAGGGACGUGUACAUGCGGUACCGGCUGUGGAGGGUGCACCCUUGGCGUCGCCAGCUGCGCCUAAACAACGUUUGUUUCACGCUCUCCUUCACGGUGAUCAAGGCGCAAAAGGGAGCCACGAAGAACAGCAUGCUCGCCUACUCCUACACCGGCCUCAAGGAGGUUUGCCAGCAGAGGUCUAUGGAGAUGGGCGUGGACUGGAAGGCCUUGUCACGGUUCAGAGAGAACCGGACAGUCUUCUACGCAUACGAUAACAAGCAGACUAUCACUAACAAGCUAUGGCGGCUGGCUCACGAGUUCCCGCGCUACUGCGUUGCGCUGUACGACGUGGAGCGGGACGACUUCGAGGACACCUGUCCGAGAAAGAGCGUACCGCUGCUGCGCGUCGUCCGCAAGCUGGUCACGGCCACGGCCCAGACGAGGCUGCUGUGA